UCUACCAUAUUGACGUUUCUAUGUUGUUUUCUCUACAACCGUGGAAGAUUAAAUACGACCACCACCGACUGAAACCAUAUUAUCCAAUUCCUUUCCUUUCUCCAUCAAAGAUUUAUUCGUGAAAACAUGAAACAAGAAAACAACGCCAAAGCCAUAUUAGCCAUAGCCAUGAAACUCUCAAAACCCAUCGCUUAUCUCAUAAUACUCUUGGUCACAUACACUAUGGGCUAUCUCAUCGCUUCUUCUUCUUCUUCUCCUCCUCCUUUUUCUUCGAUUUCCGAGCUGACCAACUUGCCGAACCAACUCGACCACUUCCGGGUCACGACUCGUUGUUCGGACCGGCCGGUCCAGCCCGAGCUGGUUCGCCAAACGAUCCUGGACCGGGUUUUCAACUCCAGGUCCCCAUACGACAACUUCCCUCCCCCGCACGUGCGGGACCUCCUACGCACGAAGCGUGUCAAGGGAUGGGGCUCGUACGGCGCCGUUUUCGACCACCUCGUACGGAGCGUGAAGCCACGGAUCAUCAUCGAGGUCGGGACCUUCCUCGGCGCGUCGGCGAUCCACAUGGCCAACUUGACUCGCCAACUCGGUCUCCGGACUCAGAUUCUCUGUGUCGACGACUUCCGGGGCUGGCCCGGGUUCCGGGACCGGUUUAAGGACAUCGGGAUGGUAAACGGCGACGUUUUACUGCUCCAGCAGUUCAUGCAAAACGUGGUGUCGUUUAACUUCACGGAGUCGGUUUUACCCGUUCCAUUCUCGAGCGCGUCGGCUCUGGAGAAGUUUUGUGAGUGGGGGAUUUUCGGGGACCUGAUUGAGAUUGACGCGGGUCAUGAUUUUAACUCGGCGUGGGCGGAUAUAAACCGGGCGUACCGGAUCCUAAGACCCGGCGGCGUGCUUUUCGGUCAUGAUUAUUUCACGGCCGCCGCGAAUAGAGGUGUCCAUAGGGCUGUUACUUUGUUUGCUCAGUUUCAUGGCCUAAAAGUUAUGGUUGAUGGCCAACAUUGGGUAAUUGACUCAUCCUAAUUUUGCAUUUCUUUUUUCUUUUUCUUUUUUGUGUCUAAAAAGAAUGAACAUUGUGAAUGUUUGUUGACUUGAGUUGUAUAUGUGGGUGAGUUAAAUGUGGUUGAAUUGUAUAC